AUGGCAGACCCUCCCCUCACUCUGUCGAACAUCCCAUACGACUGUCACCGUGAGAUUCUCCGCCACCUCGAUCUCCAAGCCCUCAAAAAUCUUCGACUGACCAGCCGGCAAAUGAAGGACCUCUGCUCCGGUCCUGUCUUCAACGGCUUUCUGAAACGUCAGACAAUCGACAUGUCUAGGGAAAGUCUCGAGUCACUCUGUCGCAUAGCUUGCUAUGAAGAGUUUUGGGGAGUUGUUCAAGAGCUCAGAGUCUGCGUCCCUCUUUACGAUACAGCUUGCGUCAUAAGGAUGAUAACCAUGCAACAGGACGUUACACCACAGGAUUACAAUUUUGUGGCUUGUCGAGAGGCGGUUCAGAAUAGGUUCUUCGAUGCAUCGGCUCUUGAACUUCUCACUUCGGCUUUGAAACAACUGGCUAGACUCGAAAUGAUCGACGUCGAUCUCAUUGUCGUGACAGGACUUGGACCGAGGAUUAGUACCGAGACGAGAUGGUGGGAUUGGGGUGAAAAUGUUGACAAGGGCUCUGAGAUUUGCCGUAUCAUCAUGUCGGCCAUCGCAAGAAGUGGCAUUUCCCUGGAAGCAUUGAGAAUCUUUCCGGACACCCCGGUUUGUUCUGUGCCUCUUUACGAUCUUGAGUCAACUACGGACAACCUCAAGAAGGGUGGGUACAAAAUGGUACCGGCAGAGGUCAAGAAGUUCGGUAUCAAGAUUGCUUCACGCUCACUCUCCGAUGCAACGAUCGCCUUCGGUGACCUCAGGGAUAGUGAUCCACCCGACAGAGGCGUCCGGCGCUUCGUGAACCUUUUGGAGCAGAUUCCAAACCUGGAAGAGUUGCAGCUCAACAUAUUCAACACCCUUGACAACAACUUUGGCAGCAGGAAAAUCCUCCGCGCCAUCGUAUCCCGCAUUCACUGGCCACAUCUCCGACGUUGCACUAUCGGUGGCAUCUACACGGAAGAACCUAGCCUGGUCAAGUUUCUCACAACCCACCCUCAUCUCGAGAGUCUAGACAUGGAGAGUUUCGUCAUGGUAUCUGGAGCUUGGCAGCCUGUUUUCAAAGUCUUGAGUGAAGACAUGCCCGUUCUGAAGUACCUCCGUCUGUCUAACCUCCUACAAAACACCAGGUCUAGUAUGCGAAGCAGAGAAGUCAAUCUUUUCCCCUGCUGGGAAGAGCAAACGCAGAAAGUGAAAGAUGAAUAUUGUGAGCAAGACCAGGCAGUACCCGGCCCGUAUUCGCUAUGGGUACAUACGAGGGAGUUUGAUGCCGAAGAUCUUCAGCGAGGACUGGAGUUUUGGCCCAUCGCUGCUCAAACUUUCUCUCCUCGUCCACGAGCACUCACGUCUGGGGAGAAGUAUGGCUACCUUUACCCAAUAUAG